AGCGGCCGAUACAAGCAAGACGUUUUCAGUCAACAAAAAAAGACGCAAGAUAUUUUAUCUCAUUGCACUUUACAUUUGGGACUUGUUUUUCCAUUUAAAGCAACGAUUAAAAAUUUAUUCUCGAGGAUUACUGGAUUUCUACAUAUUUGGGGAUUUUAUUCAUUUAUGUCUGCUGCCUUCGUUAAGCAGGCAUCAAGUUGGUGUUUCACCAUGAAGUUGGCAGGGAUCUUUUUGUUACUGAUGCUUUGGACCUGCGAGAGCGUAAGAGUCGCAGAGAGCCGAGAUGACAAUAGUGUGUACGACUUGUUUGAGCUCGUCCAAGUCCCCAGGAAGAACCACGGGGUCACUCUGGUGAAAGGAGACGACCCGUACAGCCCCGCCUACAAGAUCCUCAACCCGGACCUGAUCCCCCCAGUUCCCGAGGGCGCCUUUAGGGACCUGAUCGACUCCAUCCAUGCUGAGAGGGGAUUCCUCCUGCUGCUUAACUUCAAGCAGUUCAAACGGACCCGGGGAAGCCUCCUGACCGUGGAGAAGAUGGACGGCUCUGGACCCGUGUUUGAGAUCGUCUCCAACGGGAAGGCAAACUCAUUGGACAUAGUUUUCUCCACCGAGAACAAGCAGCAGGUGGUCUCCGUCGAAGAGGUGGAUCUGGCUACCGGCCACUGGAAGAAUAUCACCCUGUUCGUGCAGGAGGACCGGGCGCAGCUGUACGCGGGAUGCGAUGAGGUGAACACCGCCGAGCUGGAUGCGCCCAUCCAGAGCAUCCUGACGCAGGAGACCCCUACCAGCGCGCAGCUCAGGAUCGGGAAAGGAGCCGUGAAAGACAGGUUUAUGGGGGUGCUGCAAAACGUGCGCUUUGUGUUUGGAACAACUUUGGACGCCAUCCUGCGCAACAAGGGAUGCCAAAACUCCAUGCCGACUGAUACCAUGAUCCUGGAGAACCUCAACGGCUCCUCAGCCAUCAGAACUGAGUACACUGGCCAUAAGACUAAAGACCUGCAGAUGGUCUGUGGCUUCACCUGCGAUGACCUGGCCAGCAUGUUUAAAGAGCUGAAGGGACUUGGGGUGGUGGUCAAAGAGCUGUCCAAUGACCUCCGCAAACUGACUGAUGAGAACAAGCUGAUUAGAACCCACAUCGGCAUGCACAGCGGUGUCUGUAUCCACAAUGGCAUCGUCCGCAAGAACAAGGAUGAGUGGACGGUUGACGACUGCACCGAGUGCACUUGUCAAAAUUCUGCUACUGUUUGCCGCAAGAUCUCCUGUCCCCUGAUCCCCUGUGCUAAUGCUACUGUUCCUGAUGGCGAGUGCUGCCCACGCUGUGGAACACCGAGUGACUAUGCAGAGGAUGGCUGGUCGCCCUGGUCUGAAUGGACUCAUUGUUCUGUGUCGUGUGGGCGGGGCAUCCAGCAGCGUGGGCGCUCCUGCGACCGCAUCAACAACAAUUGUGAGGGCACCUCUGUGCAGACCCGCGACUGCUACCUUCAGGAGUGUGACAAGCGCUUCAAGCAGGACGGCAACUGGAGCCAUUGGUCACCGUGGUCGUCGUGCUCCGUCACCUGUGGUGCCGGUGUCAUCACCCGUAUCCGCCUCUGCAACUCCCCCACCCCCCAGUUAGGAGGCAAGGACUGUGAGGGAGAGGGCCGGCAAACUGAGAAGUGUCAGAAGUCUCCAUGCCCCAUCAAUGGCAACUGGGGACCCUGGUCACCAUGGGAUACCUGCACUGUCACUUGUGGAGGCGGCGUCCAGACCCGUAAACGCCUAUGCAAUGACCCUGCACCAAAAUAUGGUGGUAAAGAGUGUGUUGGUGAUGCCAAGGACUCCCAGCUGUGCAAUAAGAAAGACUGUCCUAUUGAUGGGUGUCUUUCCAACCCCUGUUUUGCUGGAGCCAAGUGCACCAGCUCCCCUGAUGGCUCCUGGAAGUGCGGGAAGUGCCCUAGUGGCUACACUGGCAAUGGUAUCAAGUGCAAGGACAUUGAUGAGUGUAAAGAGGUCCCUGACGCUUGCUUUGAGUUCAAUGGUGUGCACCGCUGUGAGAACACAGAUCCUGGUUACAACUGCUUGCCCUGCCCGCCCCGCUACUCUGGACCCCAGCCCUUUGGCAGGGGUGUGGAGGAGGCUGCUGCUAAGAAACAGGUGUGCACACCUCGUAAUCCCUGCCUCGAUGGAAGCCACGACUGCAACAAAAACGCUCGCUGCAACUACCUGGGACACUUCGCUGACCCCAUGUACCGCUGUGAGUGCAAGCCUGGCUAUGCUGGAAACGGCCACAUCUGCGGAGAAGACACAGAUCUGGAUGGAUGGCCUAAUGCAGACCUGGUGUGUGUCGAGAACGCCACCUACCACUGCAAGAAGGACAACUGCCCCAACCUCCCUAACUCUGGGCAGGAAGAUUACGAUAAGGAUGGCAUUGGAGAUGCUUGUGACAAUGAUGACGACAACGAUGGCAUUCCUGAUGACAGGGACAACUGCCCGUUCAUCUACAAUCCCAGGCAGUAUGACUAUGACCGUGAUGAUGUGGGUGACCGCUGUGAUAACUGCCCCUACAACAGCAACCCAGACCAGACAGACACAGACAACAACGGAGAGGGAGAUGCCUGUGCUGUGGACAUUGAUGGAGAUGGUAUUCUGAACGAGAAGGACAACUGCCCCUAUGUGUACAAUGUUGACCAGAGAGACACAGAUCUGGAUGGGGUGGGAGAUAUGUGCGAUAACUGCCCUCUGGAACAUAAUCCUGAUCAGGUGGAUUCAGAUGAUGAUCGUGUUGGAGACAAGUGUGACAGCAACCAGGACAUUGAUGAGGACGGACAUCAGAACAACUUGGACAACUGCCCCUACAUCCCCAAUGCCAACCAGGCUGACCACGACAAGGAUGGCAAGGGAGAUGCCUGUGAUCAUGAUGACGAUAACGAUGGCAUCCCUGAUGACAAAGACAACUGCAGACUGGCCUUCAACCCUGACCAGCUGGAUUCUGAUGGUGAUGGCCGUGGAGACGCUUGCAAAGAUGAUUUUGACCAAGACAACGUGCCCGACAUCUAUGACGUUUGUCCAGAAAAUUUUGCCAUCAGCGAGACAGACUUCCGCAAGUUCCAGAUGGUUCCUCUGGACCCCAAAGGGACCUCUCAGAUCGAUCCCAACUGGGUUGUUCGCCACCAGGGCAAAGAGCUGGUCCAGACAGUCAACUGUGACCCUGGCAUUGCAGUUGGUUAUGAUGAGUUCAAUGCCGUUGACUUCAGUGGGACAUUCUUCAUCAACACGGAGAGGGAUGAUGAUUAUGCUGGCUUUGUGUUCGGCUACCAGUCCAGCUCCAGGUUCUAUGUGGUGAUGUGGAAGCAGAUCACACAGACCUACUGGUCAAAUAAACCCACCAAGGCCCAGGGCUACUCUGGCUUGUCCAUCAAAGUGGUCAAUUCCACCACUGGCCCAGGGGAGCACCUCAGGAACGCCCUCUGGCACACAGGGAACACCCCAGGACAGGUCCGCACUCUUUGGCAUGACCCUAAGAAUGUUGGAUGGAAGGACUUCACUGCUUACAGAUGGCAUCUGAUCCACAGACCAAGAACAGGACAUAUUAGAGUUGUGAUGUACGAGGGCAAGAAGAUCAUGGCAGAUUCUGGUAGCAUCUACGACAAGACAUAUGCAGGCGGCAGACUAGGUCUUUUUGUCUUCUCACAAGAGAUGGUAUACUUCUCUGACCUCAAGUAUGAAUGCAGAGAUGCAUAAAUGCACGGCGCAGGAAGCUCUGAGGAAUGCACCUUUCUGUAUAAAGUAUGAACUUAUGUAUUCCGAUGCAAAGUCCAGGACCGAUUUAUCUCCGCAACUCUUUCUUCUGCGGCACGCACACUCGGACGGGGCGAAGGGCGUGUGGUCAGCCUCAGGGUAACUUGAAGCUGGUUUUGGCAAAGAACCAACCGGCUGACUGCCAGUUGAGGAUCAGAGAGUCCCUUCUCCCCCACCCUUACCAUCCACCAAGAGUAGGGAGAGCUGGGACAAAAAAAAACAUGCCCUCUUGCUUUGGCAGUGGGAGACCAACACCUUUCUAUCCCAGCUCUCCCUGCUUUCUUGCUCUCUGAAAGACCUCAUUCAUCUCUGUGCGGGAACGGCUCCCCAUAGACGACUAUGCACUUCCAAACCUUUACAUCUCUCUCUCUCUUGCUCCCUCUCUGUCUUUCUGUCUCUCCUCUUCUGCCUCUGUGCCUUUCUACCUUACUUUCUGGAUGGACAUCCCAAAGAAAAGACUGAUGAAAUACUCCCUUUGCUAUACCAGAUCUGCCAGGAUGUAGAUUCUGAACGAUUGAGGACUCGAAAUGAUGAAGAAAGCAAUGACAUGUCUUUUUUGCUUCUUUGUUUUCUGUUAAGAGGGCUUGUGUUUAAGUAAAAUCAGAGUGAGUGCGAAAUAGGAGGAACAUUAUGUCGUGGAUGUUUGUGUUCAUGCAUGUGUGGAAGGCUGGUUUUAGAUGCAGUUAAGAAAUUGUGUGCUUUUUAGUAUUGUGGAUACAAGAUUACAAACGUACGCAUUUACAAAAUAUAUUAGCUACUCUUUGACCUCACAGGGUUGCAAGUGUCACUGGCUUUGUGGCAAGCGUUAGAAUGAUGUUGGCUAACUGAACAACUCUCAGGGUGAGAUGGAAGUGACCAUCUUAGCAUAUCAAACCAGUACGAAAAAACAUGGGAGGGUCAUAUUAGAAUAACAGAAUUUGCCAGAGCCAGUGAUCUCAAAGCCAGUUUUCCCUCUGAAACACACCCCCUUCUUACAUCAAAGCCUUGGUAUGGAUUGAUGAGAAAUAUAAAACAGAAGUAUCUUCCUCAGCUUUAGAGGCUUUUAAAUUUGAAAUUGUGUAAAUAAAUUUAAUUUACUGACUCUUGCUUACAAUGUAGGCAGCAAAGAGAAUUUGAGUAACUUA